GUCCUCAAUAAACAUUGUUAGGCUCCACCCAUGAAAUUUGGGUUUAUUCUAAUUUUCUCAGCUCUUGUUUCUGAUCAAUCCAAUCAAUUGCUUGCGCUCCAGAAAAGAAAAUGUUCAGAACUUUGAGGUCGACCAGUCGGCUGAACCUGAGUCCAGUGCGAUGGAACUCGACCGCCAGUCCGGCUUCGCCGCCCUUAAUGGCCAAAAUUAGAUCUGAUCUCAAGGUUGCCAUGAGGGCGAAGGAUACGACCAGAUUGAACGUCCUUCGCGCGCUGAUCUCGGAAACAAAUAACGCCGCAAAGACCUCGUCGCCGAUUCAGACAGACUUGCAAUUGCUGUCGCUCAUCCGAAAGCGUGCGGCUGCUGCCAAAGAGGCAGCAAAGCAAUUCGCAGAGGCAGAUCGGCCCGAUUUGAAGGAGAAGGAAGAUGCACAGGUCACGAUCCUAGAGGAGUAUGCCGGCAAAGUGGAGACGAUGAGCCUGGAAGACAUCAAGGCGAUUGUGUCGCAGGAAGUCUCGAAGUUGAAGGAAGGCGGCAAGAAGGUCGAGGUCGGCGCUCUACUCAAGUCUCUCUUUGCUCCUGGCGGUGCCCUGGACCGCAAGCCUGCAGAGAGAGCCGAGGUUGCGAAGAUCGCCAAAGAGGCCGUCGCUUCCGCUUGAGAAGAAAUGAUGUAUCAUGGAACCCCUUGUAUUAUGAUGUAAAGUAGAUCUUAGCCUUUCCUCUCUCUCUGUUCUCUUAUCCGGCACCCAGGGACUGCCUUGAGGCGCGGAACAGUGAAAGAAUUACUAAUGACAGGUUGAUUCCAGUCUCUGAGACGAAGACCUCCAACGCCAAGUGACGUGCAAGGAUCUCCGUUGCAGUAUAUGAUGAUUUGUGUACGUCAAGAUCUCGAACACCAAUGUUCCCAAAAUGCCAAUGCAUAAUGCACCUGAAAGAGCCAUUGCAGUCUAGAAAAUCAAGAAUAGAUCAAAGCAAUUCCGCCCAUAGCAGUCAUCAGAAUACCAAACCAUAGCCAUCUGUCCGGGUCGCCGAUGUGAUCGCUCCGAAUCAGAGUGUCCAUGCCCACAGGAGACCCUAUAUCUCGGGCAAUAUGGCGCUUACUCUUACCCGUCUCCGAGCUGACCGGGUUCAAGGUCGUCGUGGGUAACAU